AUGCGUCGCUCACCGGCGUUGUUUCUUAAGCGCUUUGAUCCUUCGAAGUUCUUUCGCUCUUUGCCGGGUGUUGCGGGGGAAAAAAACCCAGUGGAACCGGGCGGUUCUUUCCUGUCUAAUCAGGGCUUUGGGUUUGGGUCUUUUCAAGGGGGUCUACCAGCAAAUCUUGCUGGCGGUUUUGCGACGGGUUCUCGCGAUUCCGGUGCCCACGGGGAGGGUGCAGGCGGAAAAUCCGGCCAGGGUCCUGGCGCGGGAUUUGGUGGUGGUUCUUUUGGAGGUCCCUUUUCAGGACUCUUUGACAAAGCGUUAGAAUGGUGUAGUGAAGCCCACGCGCGAGACAUUGCACGGCGCCAAGGAAUUGAUAUUCGGGAUAUACGCUUUGAGAAGACAGCAGAAGGUGGUAUUAACGUCGUUGUUGAUGCUCCAAACGCAACACCAAAACAAAUAGAACAACUUGGUGAACAAGUAAUGGAGGAAUGUCCUGUAGCCAGAUUUAGAAAAACCCAGGUAACGUCACCGCAAGAAAAGAUUCAGUGGCUUCGUUUGCCUGAUCGGUACGAUCGGUAG